AUGGCCCCACAGGAUUCUUCGCGACCAAAGAGGAUUCUUAUGCUCACCAAUGUCGAACGGGGUGAAGCUAAUGUCUUCCUAGCAACAUCUUAUUCUCUCCUGCAACGCGACCCUACUGCUGAGCUACAUUUCGCUAGUUUCGCAGGCUUGGAGGAUGAGGUUACCUCUCUCUCUGAAGAUGUGUGCCGGAAGGUGCCCGAGGCAAAACCAAUCAUCUUCCACAAGAUGAAGGGUCUGACCAUGAAAGAGGGUCUCCAAGACUACAUCGUUAGAGAAAAAGUGGCCGUGCGAAAGGACCACAUCCCCGAGUCAUUUUUGGCCCCACUGAGCUUCUCUAAUACAAAGCGGGCCAUUCGAGACACGAUCCCAAUCUUUGUUCCCUAUGAUGGUCCACAGCUAGUUCAGCUAGUUUCAUCCAUCAUCGAGAUCAUCCAAAAGGUUGAAGCCGAUCUCGUCGUGGUGAAUAGUUUGAUGACUGCAGCGCUUACAGCCUGCUAUCACCUGGGAACCAACUUUAUUUGUCUCAGUCCAAACGCUCUCAGGGAAUUUGCAGCCUCAAGUCAGCCACGGGCAGCUGGACUCUGGAAGUUUCCUGCACUUUUCUCUGGAUAUCCAUACCCUGUACCCUGGUACCGCAUACCAUUCAAUAUCUAUUUUAUUAUCUAUGCGGUGCUCAGAUGGGUGACAGACAAACACAGGAAGCGAGUGGAGAAGUACUUGUCUGAAAAAACCGGUGCGACUUUGAGAACACCCCUUGAUCUCAUUGAGAACCGAGUACCCAAUUUGAAAAUCCUCGCUAGCACUUUCCCUGAGCUUGAUUUUCCUCUGAUCAUUCCCCAGCAUGUCAUUCCCUGCGGGCCGAUUCUUCGCAAUGCCUCUUCAUCUCUCGCAGUAGCAGACCCCGAGCUCGAGAAUUGGCUGGCCCGUGGACCAACGAUCUAUCUUAACCUGGGAACUAUAUGCCAAGUUACAGAAGAUCAAGCAGCGGAGCUUGCAUUAGCCCUGAAAACCGUUCUGGACACCCUGGAAAAGGAGCGCGAGUCUAAGAAUUUCCAAGUUCUAUGGAAAAUCAAGAAAGCCGGGGAGUACACCGUUUCGGAGCCCGGGUGCAAGGUUGAGAAGAUUCUUGGCGAACGCAUUCGCGACGAUUCCAUUCGGAUUGUGGAAUGGCUUAAAGCCGAGCCGAUUACAGUUCUCCAGUCUGGUCAUGUUGUGUGCUCAAUCCACCAAGGGGGUGCAAACUCGUACAAUGAAGCAGUGAGUGCCGGUGUUGCUCAAGUGGUUUUGCCACAAUGGACAGACUGCUACGACUAUGCUCAGCGAGUUGAGAUGCUAGGAAUCGGCCGACUUGGAAGCAAGAAGGCCAAGCCCCAGUGGUCAGCUCCGGAGCUCUCCAAGGAGCUUCUGUACGUCUUGCAUGGUGAAAGCUCAAAUACCAUCAAACAAAAAGCGACUGAGCUAGCAAAGCUCUGUGAGAAAAAGGGCAGUGGCGCGGAUACUGCCGCGCAGGUCCUUUUGGAGGAAUGUUCGAGAAACGAUGUUUAG